AGAGGAAGCAGUGUCUCUCUUGGAUGUGCUAACAACGUAGUUCUGAAAUUAAAAGGAGUUAGAAAGAUCUGGGUAAAGUAGACAAGGAGCUACUAGGCUUGCUGAAGGAGGUCACAAACAGACAAUAUAUGGCUGCUUCAUCGAUAGCAUUGGAAUGAACGCUCUCUAACUGCCCAGGGGAGAAAAAAUGGAUUUGAGAAACAUUCCCUAUCGUUCGGAGGUGAUUACAUGGAACCCAGAUGACUUAGCAGAAUAUUUUAAGACGUUAAAGUAUAAGGACUGUGAGAAAGUUGUGAGAAAGCACAGUAUAAAUGGACAAAGGUUUUUGAACAUGUCUGAAAAUGAUAUCCAGAAAUUUCCCAAACUCCGAGUGCCCAUUGUGAGUAAACUAAGCCAAGAGAUAAACAGAAAUGAAGGAAGGAUAUCUUUCUUCCCAAAAUGGGGCCAAACACAAAAGUGUCCUGAAAAUUCAGGAUACAGUCAAGAAGAUGAUGGCUGGUCUUCAUUUGAUGAAGAUGAUGACUAUGAAAGCCCUGAUGAUGACCAGGAAAAGGAAGACGAGGCUGACUAUGAAUCACCAACAGAAGAAACUGAGGAAGCAGAACACGACAGUGAUGGCUAUGAGCCACCUCCAUCCAAUAACGAUGAAGCACACCACAAUGUCAUAUUUCCUGCCAAGUCACUUGCAAACAACACAGACUAUAUAGACAGGCCUCCAACGUCCAGAUCAUCACAUCAGCCUCCAGUACCACCCCAGCGGCCUGGCCCGUCCCCUGCACCAGCCUCAUUUGGGGGAAGAGGUGCUUCUCUGCCAGCUUUCCCUCCUCUACCAGGCAACAAUGACAGAAAUGUCAAGCCUUCAAAACCUCCAGCUCCUUCGAUAGACAGAAGCACGAAACCCCCACUGGAUCGCCUUGGCCCACCAUUUGAAAGAGAAAGCCCGGUACCAGGGAGGAAGCCGGGCCAUCCUGAAAAGCUUCUGACUCCACAGCUAAGAGCCCUGGGAGAACAGCUAGCAAUGAUGCCAAAACCUCCUGUACCACCAAGUGAUAGAUAUGAAAGAGGAAAUCCAUCUCCUCUAAGGAAGCAAAUCCCUGUAAAGCAGGGCUGGGCACAACAGAAAAGACCUGAAGAAGAAGAAGACCAUAUACCCCAAAGAGCAGUGCCACAGAUAUCUUUGCCCCCAUACAGCUCCAAUACGUUCCCAUCAAAAUCUAUCAAGGCUCCACCUAAGCCAGGAUCCAACAGCAUACCUGGUGCUGAGAGUGCUAGAAGCCUGUCUGCAAGUGGCUCACUACCACCUCGCUUUCCCUUAGGCAACAACAGCAGAUCUCCUUCAAGAGGCACAGCUGAUUUAAGACCUCCGUUGCCCAUUCCUAGCAGGCAGACUGCUCACCAGACAAACACAGAGGAAGAUGAGGAUUCACUAAAUGACGAAUGGUAUGUUGCUUAUAUUAGUCGGCCAGAAGCAGAGGCAGCUCUUCGAAAAAUAAACAAGGAUGGAACUUUCUUAGUAAGAGACAGCUCAAGAAAAACUACCACUCAUCCAUAUGUACUGAUGGUGUUGUACAAGGAUAAAGUAUACAAUAUCCAGAUUCGUUACCAGGAGCAAGAUCAGACGUAUUUGUUAGGAACUGGCUUAAAAGGAAAAGAGGAUUUUUCUUCUGUAGCACAUAUCAUCGAUUACUUCCAAAGAACGCCUCUUCUUCUGAUUGAUGGAAAAGACAGGGGUUCAAGAAACCAGUGCGUGUUAAAAUAUGCUGCAGGAAAUAUUAAGUGAGACCCAAAUGAAGAUCACACACAGGAUCAAAGUCUACCAAAAUCUAUAAACCUCAGGAUACUUCAUUUUCCAGUGAACUAAAAUCAUGAAGAAGUCAUUAAAAAUACUUUCAAUUUUAAUGAAAAAAAGGACGAUGUUUUCAUUUUUAAGUCAUGCCUUAAAUGUAGUACUCUAUAAAUUGGGUUUUCCUACAGUCUAUUUAUUACUGUACACUAAUCAUAGAGUACCUUAAGUAUUCUUUACGUGAGGAAUACUAUCUUCUAACAAACACAUAUUAUCUUAAAACCAUUUCUGCACAAUAUUAGAGGACCCAUGAAAGAUACACCAAUGCAGCUCACUACUUUCAUAGGAGAGAAGAAAAAGCAACCUAUUUUUCAGAUCAGAACUGCAGCAGCAAAAGUAUUAUCUAAAGUGGCAUACAAAAGAACCAAAACAAAGUUGAGCAGCAGGCAUUCAUUUUUUUCCUGCCAUCCACUUCCUAAUACAUUUAACUACAGAGUUUUCUGUGCAAAGAUUAGGACUCCAACCUGGAUCCUAAAGACAUCAGCUUUCAGCAACACAAAAAAAUCCCCUGGAUAUUUAGCUGCCUGUCAAGAUCUGUCUGUGUGACUCAGCUAUGAAGCUGUCUUUGUGCACAGUUUUCUAUAGAAAUGUCUACAUAUACGAUGUUUUGCCUGCCGUACCACUGAUGAGUGACUGAUGGCACAUUUUAGCCCACUAAUUGGAAAUAUGUAUUCCCUAAGGCCUUCUAACUUCACUCAGGAACGAGAACAUCUUUGACCACAAAUCUGAAGUGCCUUCUAUGUGAUCCUGUAACCUCACACAGGAACAAGCUUUCCUCUGUUACCAGAAACUCCUCUUAAACUAUAACUCUAGAAUAAGCCACUAUUCUUUUAUAGGAGACACACCAACAAGACUAUCAUCAUGUGAUUCUUAGUUGGAAGACCACACUCAAAUCACUUCUUAGAAAGCAGACAGAGUGGAGCAACUUGCUUCCUCUUGUACAACUGCUUUCUGCUUUUUUUCUGUGCUUUUUUCAAGAAAAAAAAUAUAACUUUCUCAGUUCUCAAAUAAAAGCUGCAAUUGAGGACCACUGAAGAAUACUUUAACAAAAGUUUUUUCCCCAUUCCUUUGUAAAGUGGAAUUCAUCCAAUCUUUUUUUGCCCAGGUUUUCUAGGAACCUCGGUCUUCUGACAAGAUCUUGGUUUAAGAAUUGCCUUGGACUGUGUUACACAUUUUCCCUUUUAAAGUCAAAUGUGUGUUGAAAAACAACUCAAAGGAGGAUACUGUCCUCCAUGCAGUUUAUAUAGAUUCUCAGGAAAAAAACAAUCAAAUUUCAUACCGAGUUACAAUUUUAAAUAUAUAUGCUUUGUAAAUGUUUUCUGCAUUUCCAAUAUAUUUGGCUAGCAGCUGAAAUUCAAAGUUAUAGAAUUUCAUUUCUGCGUAACUAUGAGUGAAAUAUAUAUACAUGUAUAUUAUUAAAAAACAUCUCUUGUCCACUCUUGUGAAAGAAAAGUCAGUUUUAAUAUGUCUUUCCAAAAAUGCUAAAACUAAGAUCAAUCCCUCAGUGUUGCCACCAACUGUAUGAGCUGAAGUUGUAGUUCUAUUACAUUGCCUUGAAAGUUCUGAUAACCCAGAAAUGCCUCCUAUGGAAUUGUUUUAUUUGUUUUAAAUCAUUUCAUUUGAGAAAGAGCUUUAAAAAUUAAACGAACAUAACAAAUUGUAGCUCUGAAUACUUUUUUUUUUUUUCCCCCAGCAAAGUCAGUCUGGAUUUGAUUAUUCAAAUAUCAUGUUUUGUAUGAUUAAAAACAUACCUCAAACGUCAAACUUUUUCAGAAGUAAAAUUCUAAUGAAAUAUAUAAGCACACUGGCUAUUCAAAUUUUGGGCCAAGAAGACUUCAGGGUAUUUAGACUACUAACGUCUGCUUUCUUUUGUAGCCAUGUGCAUUAGAGAGUCACUACAGAAACCCGGAUCAAAAUACUUCUGGUUUUCCACAAGUAAUCUUCUCUAUGGCCUCUUUCCUCAGCAACAUUUUUAGAAUGAGGAAGGCAGACCAAAUGAGGAGUUGCAGUUUCUCUUUCACUGAUCGAUUUUAACCCCAUUUCACUGAGCAUAACUGUGAUAAGAGCAAUGACUUGACUUGAGGUAAUUUGAAAUCUUUUAUUACUCGUCCAGUAUGCCUUUGUUUAAAAGGAGCGAACCACAUGUGAAAAACGUCAGAGCAAAUUUCCUGACAUUUUAAGUUAAUUAUGCCAUUCUUUCACACCUAAUAUGCUUAGCUUGAGAAAACUGAGUUAAAAAUAUUUCUCAAAAUCAAUAUGUUACAUAAAACAUUUUUCCAUCCUACAUUUGCAGAUUAAAACAAAAAUAUUCUAAUUGCAGUAAACCAUUAUGUCAUUUCACAGUUCAAACUGAAAAACUGAAUAACUACUAAUAGAAGAGAAUGUGUGAAAAUGAAUGGUAUUACUUAAUCCAUCAAACUCCAGGCUUUUUCUUCAGCCUCUCUUAAAUCUUUGGCCUUCCUGGGGUUGUUGAAAUUCAAAAUAAUGUCACAAAGCAGUAGUUGGCUCUCCACUGAAAGACAAAAGGCACUGUAGUAUCACAGCACUGAUUGGGAUUCCUAGCACAAGAAAGAUGUAGAGCUGUUGGAGAGGGUCCAGAAAGGGCCACAAAGAUUAUCAGAGGGCUGGAGCACUUCUCUGAAGAAAGGCUGACAGAGCAGGGCUUGUUCAGCCUGGAGAAGAGAAGGCUCUGCAGAGACCUCCUUGUGGCCUUUUGGUUCCUGAAAGGAGCUUAUAAACAGGAAGGAGGCCAACUUUUUACACGGUCUCAUAGUGAUAGGACAAAGGGGAAUGGUUUUAAACUAAAAGAGAGAAGAUUUAGAUUAGAUGAUAGGAGGAAAUUCUUUACUCAGAGGGUGGUGAGGUGUUGGAACAGGCUGCCCAGUGAGGAUGUGAGUGCCCUAUCCAUGAAGGUGUUGAAGGCCAGGUUGGACAGGGCCCGGGGCAGCCUGGUCUAGUAGCUGGCAAUCCUGCCCAUGGAAGGAGGGUUGGAACAGUGAAAUCACUAAAGUCUCUUCCAACCCAAGCUAUUUAUGAUUCUUGUGAUUCUGUGAUUUUAAGAUUCUAUGAUUCUAUGAUUACUGAAUGGUACAUGCUAAAUAAAUGGCAACUGAAUGUA